AGAUGUGUAAAGAACGUUUUAAAAUUUUGAAAUACGCUAUUUGCAAUUCUUGUGGGUUGGGACUUGAGAACCGAAAUUUUUUCCUACAACAUUGGCGGAGAAAUCUCUAACUUCUGUCCGUUCUUCAAGAAAAUCUGAAAAUCCUAUUCGAAUUCUCAUCUGGGUAGUCGCCAUUUCCUCUUCUGGUCCAACCCUUUUGAUCGAUUUUCAAAACUUUGAUGAAAUUAUUGGUACUUUUUGGAGUUUGUUUUUGGUGAAAAGCAUCGAAAUUGAUACAAAAAAUUGAUGUCUUUGGUUGAAAAGGAGAUAUCAAGCGUUGUUGGCGGCAGUGGCGGUGGUUGUGUGGUGGGCGAUGAUGGCGACGAUGAUGACGACGAAUGCGGCGGCAGUGGUAGUGGUGGGUCCCACGGAAGAUGCAGAUGCAGGGAGGAGAAGGCGAAGAAGCAGAGAGGGUUUAGUGCUGGUGGGUUGUCGAGAAAUUUCGGAAGGGCCAAGCAGGUGGUCCUUCAUCCGUUUGGAAGAUCCAAAAAGCAGCUUCCCAGAAAAGCCAACACGAGGGGUUCUGCUUCUGGAGCUUCUUCUUUGGCGUCGUCUUUUGCUUUUUCUUCAGGUAAGAUGUUUGGAGGAGGUGGCGGUAACGGCGGUGGUAAUAAAAGUUGUUACUUUUGUUUCACGCAACCCCCAACUUUGGACUCUCCAAUGGGGUCUCCAACCAGCGACCCUGAGCACCCAAAUUUCACCUUUGGGAUGUUGAGAGCUUUUGUGGAGAGCAAUGAAUUUUAUUCCAAAGAUUGCAAUCCCCACUUAGAUAUUGAUGUUUCCCCAUAUAAAAUGGAUUGAAUUUGAAGGAUAUUAUUAUCAAUUUCUGCACUUUUUUGGUGUUUUUGUUGUGUGGAAGUGACGGUCAUUUACAAUUUUCUCGAAACGAAUUGAAGGGGUUGUGGAAUUUUGGUGUUGAUGACAAGGGUGAUUGGAUUUUUUGAAAUUAAAAGCUUUUGAUCUUGUUGUCAUGAUAGUUUACGCGCAUUUUGGCGGUUUUGAUAGUGCGCAUUGGUGUUAAGAAUAUAUGCUUUAGGACAGCUUCAAGACAGUAGAUGGAGAAGUCAAACUUUGAUUUGAUUUCAAGAACAUAUUCUUCUCAUUCUAUGCGAUGAUUCAUAAAUCUAAGCCCUUCGUACAUAUGAGAAACCGCAUUCAUCUUGCUCUCUUCCUAAAGCUAAUUCUGGGUGCAAGGAGGAGGUGCUGCACGACGGUAUCAGGGUGCACAUUUGAAGGACGAGGAGUGUAUUUUUGAUGAACUGUAGGAAUGGAAAAGGUGUCUUGGAUGAGAUAUUGCGGUUAUGCUAAUGAGAAUCUACGGUAUGCUUUUCUCUGCCUUUAUUCUGUUUUCACUGGACUUUGCUCAUCUGAGAGGACUUCAUGGAUUCUGUUUUGGGAAUCUCUUUUUUCCGUUGUAAAGAUGAGCUGUUGAGCCAGAUGUUUUAGAACUUCAAAUUAGGCUAGGAAGCUGCCAUUUUGUAGUAGAUGAUUGUAUGGAAAAGAAACCAGUAUAAUCUCUGCUUUUGCCUCUUAA